GCGCUCCUCUCGUGCCGGCGUCGCUCCGCCUCCGGGAGAGGACCCGGCCCGCCCUCUGGGCCCGGGACCAGGCGGGACCUCCUGCCAGGGUGUCCCGCCGCGCCUCAUCCGGUCCGGGACUGCCGGGAGCAGCAGGUGUGCGGCCCGACAACUCUCUCCCCGACGCUUGCAGUCCGUGCCACGUCUUCGCGGGCUGCCGGAACGCUGACGUGGAGCUGCCAGUCCCGCACCCCUAUGGAGAAGUUUGGGAUGAAUUUCGGGGGCGGCCCGAGCAAGAAGGACCUGCUGGAGACCAUAGACACACAGAAGAAGCAGCUCCUGCAGUACCAGGCACGGCUCAAGGAUGUGGUCCGCGCCUAUAAAAGCCUACUGAAGGAGAAAGAGGCGCUGGAGGCCAGCAUCAAGGUACUGUCGGUGUCCCACGAGGCGGAUGUGGGCCUCGCAGGUGUCCAGCCCUCAGGUCUCACUUUUCCUGACUCCAUUGAUGACCGGUGCUCCACUCACAGCGGGGAUAGCACGGGGACCGCCACCAGCUUGGAUACUGCAGCCAGUCUCACCAGCACCAAGGGUGAGUUUGGGGUAGAAGAUGAGAGACCGGCCCGUGGCCCACUACCUCUGAAGUCCGAAGAAGCCAGCGGUUCGGAGAGUGGCAUUAGCAGCAGUAGUGGGGACGGUCCGUCGGGGGGCGUGGAGGCAGACAAACGACUGCACCAAAUGAAGACUCAGUUGGCCACUUUGACCAGCUCUUUGGCUACAGUCACCCAGGAGAAGUCCCGUAUGGAGGCUUCUUACCUGGCUGACAAGAAGAAGAUGAAACAGGACUUAGAGGAUGCCAGUAAGAAGGCAGAGGAGGAGAGGGGCCGUCUGGAGGGGGAAUUGAAGGGGCUGCAGGAGCAAAUAGCGGAAACCAAAGCUCGACUUAUCACGCAGCAGCACGAUCGGGCCCAAGAGCAGAGUGACCACGCCUUGAUGCUGCGUGAGCUCCAGAAGCUGCUGCAGGAGGAGAGGACCCAGCGCCAGGACCUGGAGCUCCGUCUGGAGGAGACCCGAGAAGCCCUGGCAGGGCGGGCAUAUGCCAUUGGUCAGAUGGAAGGGUUUGAACUGCAGACCAAGCAGCUAACCAGGGAGGUAGAGGAGCUGAAGGGUGAGCUGCAGGCUCUUCGAAAUGAGAAGAAUCGGCCUGACCCCCGGCUGCAGGACCUUCAGGAAGAGGCCGCUGGCCUCAAGAGUCAUUUCCAGGCUCAGUUGCAACAGGAAAUAAGGAAGACAGCCCUUGCCGAGGAACAACUCCGACAGCAAUCUCAGGUGGAAGAGCAGAGGGUGGCAGCCCUAGAGAACCAGAUAUCCGAGGUGUCUGAACUGCUGGGCAUCUACGAGAAGGCCAAGCAGAAGGACCAACUGGCUAUCCAGAAGCUGAAGGAGCGUAUUCUGCAGCUGGACCUGGAGAAUAAGACACUGGCUCUCGCAGCCUCCAGCCGGUCCCCUCUGGACAGCCAUGGUGAGGAGUCCAGUCUGGAUGUUAAUGUCCUGAAGGACAAGAUGGAGAAGCUGAAGAGACUGUUGCAGGUUGCAGCCAGAAAAAGCCAGGUGGCCCUGGAUGUGGAGAAGCUCUGCGACCCAGAGAUAAUGCCCACCUCGGAGGCUACUGAUGGGGAGAAAGCCACUGCGCUGUACUACCAACAGGAGCUGAAACAGCUGAAGGAGGAGUUUGAGAGGUACAAGAUGAGGGCCCAGGUUGUCCUCAAGAGCAAGAGCACCAAAGACAGCAAUGUGUCAAAGGAGCUGGAGGAAGCCCAGGAGCAGCUGGCAGAGCUGAAGGAGAAGUACAUCUCCCUGCGGCUGUCCUGCGAGGAGCUCGAGCGCCAGCACCAGCAGGAGGCUGAGGACUGGAAGCAGGAGCUGACCCGGCUGCAGCAGCUGCACCGGCAGGAGCUGGAGCGCAGUCAGCUGGACUUCAGGGACCGCACGCUGAAGCUGGAGGAGGAGCUGCACAAGCAGCGUGACCGGGCCCUGGCCGUGCUGGCUGAGAAAGACCUGGAGCUGGAGCAGUUGCGCUCCGUGGCCCUGUCCUCCAGCCUGCCAGGACGCAGAAGCCCAGUGGGGGCUGGAGGUCUUGGGGACCCAGUUGACACAUCAUCCCCAGAUAGCCUGACCCAAGCCCUGCACCUUGCGGCACCCAACGAGCCCACUUUCUUCCUGUAUGCUGAGCAGCUGGCCCGCAAGGAGGUGGAGAUCACCUCGCUGCGGAAGCAGAAGAACAGGCUGGAGGCUGAGGUGCGUCAGCUGCAGGAUCGGCUGCUGGAGGAGAGGGAGCGGCACCAGGAGGAGGUUGGAGCCCUGCAGAGCCACAUUGAAAAGAACAUCAGGGACCAGAGCAGGGAGGGAGCCAACCUGGAGUACCUCAAAAACAUCAUCUACCGCUUCCUGACCUUGCCAGACUCUCUGGGCCGUCAGCAGACGCUCACAGCCAUACUGACGAUCUUGCAUUUCAGUCCCGAGGAGAAACAAGUGAUAAAGCGGCUCCCAGCCAGUGGUAGCUGGUGGCCUUCGGGCAAGAGAUGAUGCUGUUUUCAUUAACUCCUGAGAUUCCUGUGCCUCUUUUCUGUGAGAAGGGGUGGGCUCUGGCUUCAACUGCCUCUUCUCUUCUCUAAUGUUUCCUUCUUCACAGUGCUGAGCUCAGAGGAGUCUUCGAUGUGGGGUGGGAUUUUCUGCCAAAUGCCAUUAAUGCCACUUUAUCCUUGGGCCUGGGGAUAUGGAGUGUGUUGGAACAGCAUCUUCUAGUGGCGUGUGUGUAUGGGGAGAGGUUAGGCCGGAGAGAUGGAAAAGUUGGGGAAGUGGUGAGAGUCUCUUAAGGUACAAUUUUGUUUUAAUACUAUGCUCCUAGCUCAGAGCUAGAUAUGACUCGCAAGGGAGUUCAGUGAACUAAUUUCUACACAUGUGGUGGAGUACUCAUCCGGGGCAUAAUGACCAGCACCAUACUCCAUCUCAUCAAUUUGUGUCUGACCCACUGCUGCCCCAAUUCUCUGGGGACGUCAGUCAGGCUGAAAAGCCACCAGGAAGUUUGAAAUAGUGACAGAUUGUCCACUAGUACAAAGGGCUAAGGAAUAGUGAGUUCACCCUGGCAUUGGGAAGCUUGGUUUAGUUAGGGCCGAGGGGCCACUAAAGCAGUCUAGACCAAACACACUGCUCGUGGCCAACCAAAAGAUGGCUGAUCUCGGAGAGUUCCUGAGUGACCUGUUUUUGGCCUGAAUAGAGUUUAAAUAGUUGCUCUCACACUUGCCCCAGCCUGAAACCAUCUGCCUAAGGUUGGCCUGAACUUGUGAAUAAAUGACGUUGCUAUCUUCUCCUCAAUGUUGAGCUUUGACAAAGAAACAAAUCUUAGCCUCUUACAGAGAGGAAUCAGAUCGGUAAGCUCUAUUCCUGCCCGAAUAUAAGGAUAGAACUCAGAGAUUUGCUCCCGGCUGUCUCUGCCUUUGUACGGACAGGGAAGAGAAGAAGGGUUUGCGCAGAGGAUUCCAGAAGGUUGCUGUGGCCCACUCAGGAAAGUUGUGGCUGUCCAGCUGAGGCUGAGCUGGGGUGCUUUCUGUUCUGUGGCCAGCACUCUGGCUAAAUCGCCAAGUCCCUGCCACCAGGGUAUUGCUACUUGACUGUCAACAGGAUAUUUUGACCACUCCUUCAGGGAGGUAAUAAGAGUUUAAAUCUACAAUCCUCAUCUUCCCCACAGAGUGUCCUGCAGACCAAAUAAAAGAGUAGAUUCAUUCUGCUUUUAAGGAAAGGUGGCUUGUUAUCCAGGUGGCCUGGAAAGGAGGGACCCAAGAAAUUCAGACAGUAUCAGUGGCUCACCCUGUCCCCCACCUGCCCUUGCUGGUUAGAGAUCUUUGAACCUUAAAGACCAAGGCUUUGCCACUAACUGGACUAACGACUAUCUGUUAUUUCAUCAUAGAGCUUUGUUUUAUGAGGAUUUGGGGUGCAGAAGACUGGGAUUAAAUGCUCCGAACGGGAGUUUAGGUGACCUGGAGUAUCUACCAACAGGAAAUGGACUUAGCAGAAGUGCUGUGUUCACAUGAUAAAAACAUAAACCGUGGGAUCAUUAAACCUGUAUGACUUGACCUGUGUCUUUCCUUAAUGGUACAUAUGCAUCUAGACAAAAAUGGAGUGUGAAUGAAAGUGGAGAAUAAAAAGGAUAGAAAUCAUAUUUCAUUAUAUUAAUCCAUGAGCUUGAAUGCAGGGAGGAAAAACCUCAGAGCUUUGACUGCCUGAGUUCACAACCCAGAUGUCUUAGCCUGGACUCGUGUGUAUGUGUAUGUAGGCAGCUACACUUAGAAAACUCCCUCGUGGGUUCAGUGAAUGGGCUUGAAACUUCCAUGAUUAACUACUUCAAGCUCCACAAGUAACCUACUUACGAAUGCCAGAUUAUGCUUAACAGCAGACUCAUGGUAUCCUUGAAGAGUUUUCCAGAACACCAAGGUAAACUAACGUUAAUAAUAAUAGACUUUCUUAAUUUCCUUACCUUGAUGCCCCUAAACGUAGGCUAUUUUAUCAUCGUUGCUAUUUCUAGCUGGUUGUGGACAAAACAGAUCCACAAUCACAGUUGCUUUCCUAGCACUGGUAACUGUUGUGCUUUUGACUUCCGAGAAGACACCAAGCAGGCAAAGAAGCAAGUCAAUUUCUGAUUCAUUUUAAAUAUCUGGAGAAACUCAAGGCUGUGAAUGCUCCCAACUGAAGUGUAAAGACUGGACCCGUUCCUAUCCUUACAGGCGCUUAGAGCCUAGAAACCACGUUAAUGCAGACACGCAUAAAUUAAAAAUUCCUUCUGUCCCCACCCCUCCCGCCAAAUAAGUUUUUUAGUCAUUUGACUGGUUUUCCUGUGCUAGUGUAAGAAAGGAAAGGAGAGAGAAUGAAAGUAGACUUGAGAUCAGAAACUAAAUAUUCCGUGGGCCCUGGUCCCAGAAUUUCAGAUGGUAUACAAGUUGUGUCGAUAAGGUAGUGAGACAGCCUUAUUAACUAUGACACACAGAUGAGCGGGAUCCAUGUCAAGUAGAAGAGAUGGAGGAAGGAUGUGGCAGGAAGGCACUCUGACCACUCAUGUAAGGGCUUCCUGCUCUCUUCCCCCCCUCUUGGGUACCUUGGACCUGGGGGGUAAACAUGCCUGUAUGUCAUGUCCUUGAUGUCAGUCUCCAUGUGUUAUUCAGAACUCCAGGGCUCUCAGACCUUGUCUUGUGAAGCUACUACUGCAGGGUUUUUGUUUUGUGCCAGCAACUUUGAGCCACUUAUGCUCAUUAUAUCAUUCAUUCCUCAAGGUGCUAUUAUUAUCCUAUUUUACAGAUGAGGAAACAGGCUGAGAUGCUAAAUUUUUCCUAAAUCAUGUCGUUGGCAGA